AUGCUGGAGGCACAGGUCGCAUGGUUCAAGACAACCUUGAUCCAAAUGAAGGAUGCCGAUGUACAAACACGGGCUCUACUACUUCGUGAGGCCCUCGCGCGGCCGAAUGUACCACUGCAUCACUCGGAGGAGGAGCGGCCCAAAGAGCGGCCGAAAGAGCGGCGUGGUAGUGGCCAGAUGACAUUGAAUGAGGAUCUGACUCACACCAGAAGUCUCCAGAAGCCACCUACAGAAAGAUGCAAGAGUGUUUCAUCUGAUGACGAGCUAGAAACCUCGACCUUCGUCUCGGCGGAUGAUCAAGGUCGCAUCGGCGUCUUCGGGCCUACAUCAGGCCUGCAUAAUAGCUUGGAAACAUCUCAGCUUCCUGGCGAUCCGCCUGAGUUCGUGCGGAACCUGCUCAUUACGAAUGCUGUGAUUCAGCGCCAAAAGGAAUACGAACUGCGAAACCACGCGGACUUUGACGGGGUUCCACCGGACCUUGCCAUGCAUCUGCUAGACGUCCAUUGGAAUCGCCAACAUCAUAGUUUCCUUCUCACAUAUCGGCCUGCGUUCACGCGAGACUGGGUUUCAGGGGGUCCAUACUUUUCACGAUUCCUGCUGAACGCUAUAUUUGCCUCCGGCUCUAAAUUCUCGGGCCGCACAGAAGUGCGAGAUGACCCUUCACUGGCCCAGACCGCUGGCAACCGAUCCUGCGGAGGUGCCAAGAACUGUUUGCUACACCUGGGCUCAGUAUAUGUCGCUCGUGGUGAAAUGUCCAAGAGCUGGAUCAACACGGGUCUCGCCAUUCGAAUGGCAUUCGACCUUGGAUUGCACCUCGACACCCGGGUUCCUGAUUUGUAUCCGGAAGAUGUUGAGAUCCGCCGCAGAGCAUUCUGGGCAGCCUUCAUCUCGGACAAAUUACAGUGUCUAUACUUUGGCCGGCCGGUGGCCAUCCAUCUACGAGAUACUCAUGUCUCUACUAAGCUCCGUGAUACCAUGGAGGAGUUGGAGUGCUGGAGCCCCUACAUAGACCCUCAGUGUAGUACCUACCCAAUCCAAUCGCCGCCUCCAGUCCCUACUUUCAUGAUAUCGGCUUUCCAGCAAUUCUGUCUACUGUCAAACCUCAUGGCCGAUAUCAUCAACCACUUCUAUGUAGUUGGCGCUAAGCCGGCCACACCACAAAUAACCCUACAAGAACUGGACGACGCGCUCUGUGGCUGGUACUUCAACCUGCCGGAUUGCGUGGCCUUCCAGCCAUGGUCUACAGACAAGACCACGGCACAGAAGCUCGUCACUCCAAAUAUCAUGAUCCUGCAUAGUACCUACCAUGCCCUCAUCAUUCUAUUGCAUCGUCCUUUUGUCUCCAAUAGCAACUUGCGCGCCAAGUCCCCGCCGGUCGAUUCCUGGAGAGCAUGUUCGACUGCAGCAAGCAGGAUUACAGCCAUCAUUGAAAGGUGGAAGGAGUCCUUUGCGCUGUACAAGGCCCCCUAUCUCUUAGGAUACUGCGCUUAUGUGGCGUGUACCAUCCAUGUCAGAGAUGCCGCCCUACAUCGGGGAGGCCAGAGCCAUAAUAUGCUUACAACAACACUUAGCAUGCUGAACGAAAUAAGCUCGGUGAACCCAGCCCUCACACGAUCUGAGCAGCUAGUCCGAAAUCUGAUGGCUGUGAACGCCAUAACUGAGCUAUCGCACCCGUCGCCGGUUGCUUCCAGCAGCACAGUAUUUGACGUUGAUAUGGAGGCCUUAAUCCAGAUGUUCCCGGAUCCCUUAGAUGACCAACUUGUAGAUCUGCAGGUAUCCAGCCCAAACUUUAGCCAAGCGAGCUUCCUUGGCAGCAGCUCUAAUACUACAGUCGGCUUGCAGUGUGAGGAUGAAGUGCAGCCUGAUGGCGUGUCACUGGAAUAG